AUGGAUGAGUCAAGUGCUCAAGAUGCCGCAGCAGCUGCCGCGGCAGCCUUUGACUUCAAGCUUUAUCGCUACACGCCGUCUCUCCCAGCUGCGAUUGUCAGUGUUGCGGUUUUUGCCGCCCUCACCGCAUUGCAUACAUGGCGCAUCUUCAGAGCAAGAGCUCUCUAUUUUACUGCAUUUACCGUCGGUGGCUUGUUCCAAACAAUCGGAUACUGUGGUCGUAUAUGGAGUCACUUUGACACACUGUCCAUUUGCGGCUUCGUUAUUCAAGCCAUCCUAAUCCUCGUCGCGCCGGCGCUGUACGCCGCUUCGAUUUACAUGAUCCUGGGUCGACUCAUCCGAACUGUCAAGGCCGAACAUUUGUUGCUAAUCCCAGUCAACUGGGUGACUCGGAUAUUUGUGGCGGGUGAUGUUGUCGCCUUUACCUUGCAAGCUGGAGGUGGCGGUGUCCAAGCUGCAGGCACACUAGACUUGUACGAAGCAGGAGAGAAGAUCAUCAUCGCUGGUCUUUUUGUCCAGAUUAUCGUCUUCGGGUUCUUCGUCGUCACUUCUCUACUCUUCCACGCCCGACUGAGCCGCAACCCGACCACCAUUGCACUUGAGAGAGGCACUCCAUGGAGGCGCUAUCUCUAUGUGCUGUAUGCGACGAGCGCCAUCAUCCUCAUUCGAAGCGUAUUCAGAGUUGUCGAGUAUCUGCAAGGAAACAAGGGAUAUCUCAUUUCACACGAGAUCUUCUUGUACAUCUUCGACACCUUGCUCAUGGCGAUUGUCAUGGCAAUCUUCCUUGUUUGGUACGUGCAGGAGUUGGAACCGAAGAAACGGGCGCAAUCUGUGGAUGGUCCGCGACCUGCCAUCCGCUCCGCAAAGAUUAUGCCUUCAUCGGACGGAAUAGCCGAACGGCAAACGGGUCGUCGUUAUUCACGAAAGCCACAUUCGAAGACGACCACUGGGUGUUUACAGUGUCGGCACCGCCGAGUCAAGUGCACCGAGGAAAGACCGGCGUGCAGAGCUUGCGUUCGGCGAGAUGCUGUUUGUGAGUACGCCGAGGACAGGAGGCGCCCAGAACGUGCGGCAAUAAGCUCUUCCUUACCUUCAUCGCGCAACCCAACGCCUAGAGACCUAUCCAGACCUGGAGAGAGCGUGAAUCUCAUUCCUACUAGAUGCCAUCAACCUCAUACCGAUGAUACUCCGAUAGGUACUUCCAACAUAAAUUUAUCUGCGGAUAAGUCUCUCGGCGCAGGCAUUGCUCCUUCCCGAGUACCGGCUAUCCUCACACCAGCCUCUCAUACAUCGGGGCCACCAGCUCAUUUCCCCCUUCGGAGCUCUUCCAAUCAUGAUCCAGCCACUCCUUACUCAGAACAUCUUUCUUCAUCAGCUCCCACUCCGGCUACUGUGUCCAGUCUAUCACGAGCGCCGCUUGUUGAUACCCCUGCAUUCGGAAUCAAUGAUCUUGCACUCCUACACCACUGGACAGUUUCAACCAGCAUCGACAUCUUCAAAAGCGCCCCAGUGGAUUCUCUGUGGCAAGUAACCUUCCCACGGAUAGGUUUUGAACACCCAUUCGUAGCCCAUGCUAUCUUGAGCCUGGCUGCGUUGCAUCUCGCAUACAUUAGUGGGACAAAGAACAGCCCUUAUGUCGUCGAGGCAACUAGGCAUCAUGAAGAAGCUAUCAGAGGGUUUCAGGAUGCCUCGAACAGUAUCAACAAGGAGAAUAGCGAGGCAUUGUUCGCGUGGUCGCUUCUAAAUAUCAUUUAUGUCUUCAGCAUCUUGAAGCAGCUGCCAGAUGAAGAUGAGCGAACCGCCGCUCGUUUACGAAGAGACCGAGUCCUUGGCAUGGAGUGGAUACCCAUGACGCGGGGUAUCAACGCCGUGUUGAUUCCAACGUACCAAUUUUUGAAAGAUGGCCCAAUGAGCAGUCUCAUGACUCUCGGAAAUUGGAAUGAAUUGGAUCCUGGUGAAGCAUUGCCUGAGCCGGUGGAUUCCCAGCUUUGUAGACUCAAGGAGACGUGGGCAAAUAGUAAUGAUGCAAAGACUUAUGAUGAGGCAUUGCACAUCCUCAGGAAGUGCCGCAUGUACGUCCUCCAGUUUAAAUCUAUGAACCCCCAAACACUUGCUCAAUGGGGGUUCAAUAGAGAAUGGGCGGGACCUUCAACAUUCAUCCACUUUGUACCCCAGGAGUAUGUCUCUCUUCUACACCAGCGACAACCACCAGCACUGAUAUUGUUUGCCUAUUUUGGGGCUUUUAUGCACGCUCUCGACGACUAUUGGUUCUUCGAGGGCUGGGGAAAAGACAUUGUUGAGGUGGUAGAUGAUCUUCUUGGAAGUUACUGGAGGUCGUGGAUAAUGUGGCCCAUAGAGUAUGUUGGAUUGAGCUGA